GGCACAUUUAGCACUUUUUCCACAUCAUGUAAUGUAUGAGUCUGAUGAGAAUUACCGAAAAGAAUUCUUUACUCAGAUUCUGCCUCCUUUGAUUCAUUCUAAUAAAUGGGAAUUUUUGGAUUGCUGAGGAUCAGCAUUCCCCGUGAUUCAGUCAAGCUUUUGAAUGAGUAUCUGAAGUUCAGUGCUCGGUAUGAAGAGGCUGAGGUUGAAUUGAAAUUCUUCAAUGAGUGCUUACAGUCAUGCCGGUAUCCAAAACACUUUUGGAAAGAUAUACGCCGAUGUGGUCUGUACCCUAAUGUGCGCAAUUUGAGGCGGCACACUCUCAACUAUAUGGAUAACAUUCGCACGAAAUUAUCGGAGCUGGAAAGAUUUCUCUCACAACGAAUGCAUGCCGUCAUGGGCUUAUCGGAAGAGUUACGAAGACCUUUUGAAGCAUACGUAGAACAGGUUAAAAAGCAAAGGGGUACACAGAAAAGAAAGAAGUUGCUUAGCUCGCUAAAUAGUCAAGUGCCGCAACUGAACUUUCCGAGUAACCCGGAGCGGUACGUGUUUAACCUUUCUAGUGUCGUGCUUAGCCCAACACAAUUAAAUGUGUUGUCCUUAGGCCCUAAGUUUUGCAUCCCUUGUAAAAAAGUUGAUCAGGCUGCAUUAGAGGUGCAAUUUGAGAGCUUAAUAGCGCAGGCGCGCGACCUGUCACCAAAUUCGUCAGGGGACGUUGAGAACAUGUUAUCUAGCUUAGUAAACACCUGUCAUGAUUACAUUAAGGCUAGAUCAGCCAGUAGUGGUUUUCUUACAAGCGAACAUAUGCAGUCACUUAGAGAGUUAUGGUUAAACAAAGAGUUAAUUAUCUCUAAGCCGGAUAAAGGUUCUGGUAUAGUUCUAAUGAAUAGAACUGAUUAUGUUAGUAAGAUGCAACAUAUUCUUAGUGAUGAACGUAAGUUUCAAAAGCUAACAUUAGGAAAGGAUAAUACAGAAGAGUUAGAAAAACAACUGACCGAUUUGCUCCGACGAAUGAUGAAAGAGAAUGUUAUCACAAAGUGCGAAUUCGAAAAGCUGAGACCUUCAGGCGGACAUCUACCACGGUUGUACGGCCUCCCUAAAGUACACAAGGAGGGCGCUCCAAUGCGUCCCAUACUGGAUAUGGUUAGCUCUCCGCAACAUUUGAUAGCUCAAUGGAUGGUUGAGAAGCUGGAACCGCUGCGUAAAACCGUCUGCACUUACUGCGUGAAAGAUACUUUCGAGUUCAUUGAGAAGAUAAGGGACGUGAAUGUUAACAACAAAUGGAUGUCGUCAUUUGAUGCGCAGUCGUUGUUUACGAACAUUCCGUUGUUGGAAACAGUAGAAUAUGUCUGCGAACUAGUACGGCAACUGAACGUACCUAUAAAUAUCCCGGAAAACCUCCUGAAGGAAUUGUUACUCAGAUGCACUUUAAACGUGCAAUUCACCUUCAACGGAGAGAUGUAUCGUCAAAUUGAUGGAGUUGCCAUGGGCUCACCAUUGGGACCCUUUCUAGCAGAUGUCUUUAUGGCAAAAUUGGAGCAUAACGUAUUAAGAACGCACAUCAACGAAGUCGAGAUGUAUAUACGUUAUGUAGACGAUACAUUUAUACUCUGCAAAUCGAAAGCGCAGACUGUGAAACUGUUGGAAGCUUUUAAUGAUGCGCAUCAGAAUCUACAUUUCACAUGUGAGCACGAAUCCAGAAACCGACUAUCGUUCCUGGAUGUUGAUAUCAUCAGAAACGCCGAUGGAUCAUGCAGCAGAGGGGUGUAUAGAAAACCAACUUGGACUGGACAGUACAUCAACUUCUAUAGUGCGGUACCCAUACAGUACAAACGAAACCUAGUCCGCACUCUUGCGUUCCGAGCACAUAGAAUUUGCACCCCAGACACAAUCACCAAAGAAUUGCAGAGAAUCGGCGACGCGCUAAGAGAGAAUGGGUAUCCAGAUAAAUUCAUCCUCAAACAUUUGAAAGAACGCAAGAUAAAACCACCGAGGAUGAACGUACCCAAAAAAGAACUAAUUGUGCAUAUUCCUUUCAAAGGCGACAGUGCGGCUGAUGCCCUGUCCAAACGCCUGAGAGACGCUGUUGAAAAGACCUACUUCGCGGCUCGCCUACGCAUAGUAUUUUACAACAAGCCUUUAUUCGCAAAACCCUUGAAAGACAGGCUGCCUCUGGUGACUCGAUCAAUGCUUGUUUAUCUUUACUCGUGCUCCUGUGGGGCACGAUACGUGGGUCGUACCACGAGACGCCUAUCUCAUAGGAUUCGCGAACACAUCCCCAAGUGGUUUUACAAAGGCGAAGCGAGGUGCAGCAACAGUUCCAUCUUAUCUCACCUACUAGAGUGCAGUCACGCAGGAACGGAAAAUGAUUUUAGAGUCAUCUAUACUGUUCCUGAACGUUUCACGCGCGGAUUCCGGACGCAUCUUCUGUCUAUUGCGGAAGCUAUCUACAUCCGCCAACUCAAGCCAGAACUGUGCGUACAAAAACAGUUUGUACGUCCUUUGCUUCUACCGUGGCCUACAACUUCGGCUAUGAUUUCCCCCGUACACACUUGCCACUUCCAAUGACCUCGUGAUUUAUUGAUUUGUACCCGUGAAAUUAAACAUUUGUUCAAUAAGUAGCCCAACCCGGCACAUUUAGCACUUUUUCCACAUCAUGUAAUGUAUGAGUCUGAUGAGAAUUACCGAAAAGAAUUCUUUACUCUUAUUCUGCCUCCUUUGAUUCAUUCUAACAAACAGUUUUGGUGAGUACCUCGCUGCACGUUUCUAGCUCUGUCUGAUUCGCUUCCUAUUCUUGUAGCCUGUACAAUAUACGUUGAGUUCAGCC